AUGGAUUAUCGAAAUGAUUUCGAAUUCGAAAUCAAUGGCUUUAAUGAAUGGCUGAUUUUCACCGUCUAUACUUACACUUGGAUAAUAAACGAGAAGCCGAAAUUGAUGCUCGACCCGUUGGCGCCACUAAUGAGCUACGUGUCGAGCCAUCCGGAAGAGUUUUGCGAGGCGCCCGACGAAAAAGAUCCGUGUGUUGAAAAUGGGAAAAUUGCGCGAACAGCGCCAAAAUCGAAAGAGCGUCCGAUUAAGCCUAGUCGAGUUCAACACUCGCCGACUUCAACAUUCUCGACGACCGUGUCGAUAACCUCGAGUUCGGCAUCAUCGAGUAGCUCGGCAAUGGCAAUUCAGAAAUAA